UAACCAACACAAAGGCAAAGAGGAGGGGCACCCACUACAUGUUCCCUAGGCCUUUCAGAAAACAUGGAGUUGUUCCUUUGGCCACAUACAUACAAAUCUACAAGAAGGAUGAUAUCGUGGAUAUCAAGGAAAUGGGUACUGUUGAAAAAGGAAUGCCCCACAAAUGUUACCAUGGAAAAACUGGGAGAGUCUACAAUGUUACCCAGCAUUAUGUUGGCAUCAUUGUAAACAAACAAGUUAAGGGCAAGAUUCUUGCCAAGAGAAUUAAUGUGCAUAAGGCAAUGGCAACCCACUCCAGUACUCUUGCCUGGAAAAUCCCAUGGACGGAGGAGCCUGGUGGGCUGCAGUCCAUGGGAUCGCUAAGAGUCGGACAACCUCCCCAUACCCCACUGUGGAUUCAGAUCUUUUGA